GCCAGAGCCGGGCAGAGCCCUCCGCUGCCGCCGGCUCCCAGCCCCGGGGCCGCGCCGACCUCUCCGCGUUACUUCCCGCCGCCGAAGAGAAGCCCCUCCACAAAGGAGCGAGGCAGCAGGAGGCGGGGGAUACACGCACGCCCGGCCGCUCCGUCCGGAUGCGGUGAGCCCCAGGCUCGCCUCCGGGGCCGCGCCAGCGCGGGAGGGAAGAAGCGGAGCAGCGGCGGCGGCUCUCCGGCUGCCACCAUGGGCUGCUGCUCGGGGCGCUGCACGCUGAUCUUCCUCUGCUCGCUGCAGCUGCUGGCAGCAUUAGAGAGACAAAUCUUUGACUUCCUGGGUUUCCAGUGGGCUCCUAUCCUUGGCAAUUUCCUACAAAUAAUAGUUGUCAUUUUGGGUUUGUUUGGAACCAUCCAGUUUAGGCCUCGAUAUAUAGUCGUGUACACGGUGUGGACUGCCCUGUGGGUCACCUGGAAUGUUUUCAUUAUCUGCUUCUAUUUGGAAGUAGGCGGACUUUCUAAGGAAACGGAUCUCAUGACCUUUAACAUCUCAAUGCACCGCUCUUGGUGGCGGGAGCACGGGCCUGGCUGCAUACGAAGGGUGGUGCGUCCUUCCUCCCCUGGCAUCCUCGAGGAUUACUCCUACGUCUCCGUGACAGGCUGCAUCAUUGAUUUCCAGUACCUAGAGGUCAUUCACAGCGCUAUCCAAAUACUCCUCUCCCUGAUUGGAUUUGUGUACGCCUGUUACGUGAUCAGUAUUUUCAUGGAGGAGGAGGACAGCUUUGAUUUCAUAGGUGGACUUGACACAUACUCCUACCGACAGCCCCCCCAGGAACAUGUUGAGUUAAGGCCUGUAAAGCCUGUAGGUCGAAGUAAGUAAUGAACAUGGACUCAAGACUUCUGCUGCUGUAGCUGAAGAAACAGAUUUUAGAAAAAAAAAGACCAACCUUGUGAAUCAUCGUUCCGGAAGAAACGCACCACAUCUGUUCCUCACGGCAUGUGGAUUGUUCUUCCCACAGGCUCAGUGUCAUUAUCAACGUUGUUAUUUCGUAGAUCCUUGUAGAUGAUCUUGAAUUUUUAAAUAAUUUACUUAUAUGGACACUUGUAAAUUGUAAAUUUUUUUCUUUUUUAAUUUCAGUAUUUUUACAAUGUUUAGUGUUGAGGCAUGAAAACAAAACAACCUGUAAAAACUAGGAGGAGGGUGCGCGUCUUUCUCAAAAGUUCAGUAUUUUUUGACUGAGAGGAUCAUACUGUGCCUGGUCAAGACUGUGUCAGUAAACAGUAAUUUUGACUCUAGAAUACACAGCAAGAGUCAAACCCCAACAGUGAUCAAGAGAUCAUUUCGAUGCUGUCUUUAGAAUUCACAAUGUCUACUCCUUGCAUUGUUUGAACUGCUGAAUGCAGUAGGGAUUGAUGUAUGACUCUUCUUACCCAGAUGUUCAAGCACUAAUGUACUCACCUGAUUAUUGCAAUUCAUAUAUGACUUCUCCUUUCCUAAUCUCUUUUGCUCCAAGUCCAUCUCAAGUAGCUGUCUCUGAUUUGAAGAGAAGUAGGAUGACUGCUCAAUGGAUGUCCAACUCUAGGAACCCUUACACCCAGGGCUGUUUAGAUGUCUGUGAUUUGCACAUUUUUAAACUCCUUUCCUCCCUUCUCCCAGGAACAAGCCAAGCAUGAAUGUACAGUACAAGGCACCAACUGAAGCCUUAGAAGCCUCUGGGGACUAAUUUUUCUCUUAAUUUAAAAGUAAACAAGCAAAACUGAAAAAAAUGUGUGUAAAAAUUUGUAAAGUUAUUUGUAAAUACUUCUAGACAAAGAACAUGUAUGUAACUGUGGUAUUUUGUUUUCUAUUCUGUCACCACUAGCAUAAAGUGAUACACAAAGC